UUUCCUUCACGUUCGCUCAUCGAAGUCGAUGACGCUGCUUCGAGCUGAGUUCUACUGAGAUCAAACCACCAGCGCAAAUCAGGAUAAGAUCCCUGACGACGACAGAGGCUGCAUGGUUGGCGCCGAUUGAAACCGAACUAUUAAACCAGCGACCCAAACCCAACUGUCUUCUUUCUACUAUUGUAAUCCGAAAAGUGAUGCUGAGGAAUCCGGUCGAGCCGAGCACCGUGAAGCUGAAGCGGACGGGAAUGGACAGAGACAUGCCAUUUCUUCCUGAAGAAAUCAUCCGAAACAUUCUCAUACGACUACCGGUAAAAUCCCUAACCCGAUUUCAAUGUGUGUGCAAUCAUUGGAAAAAUCUCAUCAAAACCCCCACUUUUAUCGCCGAUCACCUUCAACACUCCCGUCUUCAAAACCCUUCUCUUCUUCUCGAAUGGUCUGGAAGCAUUCCUUUGCCCGGGCGCUUGCGUUCGCUCGAUUGCGAGAUGCAGGUCCGUGAAGUUCAGAAUGCACCAUUGAUCGAUUCUUUGGAGGGUGCUUGUAUCGUCAGUUCCUGCAACGGCCUUCUCUGUAUUGAAAUCGAUGAGUGUAGCAAACCUCCUUCCCUUUUAUUAUGGAAUCCUGCGACUACAGAGGUCAGACGUGUGCCUAGAAACAGAAAUGAUUUUAUUGAAUUUGAUUAUUUCGUUGUAGGAUUUGGGUUUAGUCCAAUUGUUAAUGAUUACAAGAUAGUGACAACUUAUGUUGAGUUUGGUGAUGAGGUUAAUGGAGUGGAAGUUUUUUCGUUAAGCAGAGGGUCAUGGGAGGGAAGAGAUAUUGGGAACUUAAAGGGGGUGACGCUUGAUCCUGAAACUGUCACCGCUAAUGGAGCUAUAUUUUGGUUUGGGUGGUUAAAGCUAGGUGCAGAGGGUGAGGGUGUUGUUAAGAUGAUAGUGUCAUUUGACAUAGCAAAGGAAGUCUUUACAUUGAUACCAAUGCCUGAUUUAAAUCAUGAUGCAGCAUUUGAAAGACUUACUUUUUAUGAAAAUAAACUUGCUGUACUUUGUGGCAUUUGGGAAGAUGACGAUAAGGACGACGAUGACGAUGAUGAUGAUGAUGAUGAAAUAUCUGAGUUGAUUGAUUUGUGGGUGUUGGAUGAGGGUACAUGUGAAUCAGGGGAGAGAUGGAGUUGGAAUACAAGAUAUGCCAGCAGCCCCUUUUCAUGCAUACUAUAUCCAGAGGCUAUUUGGAGGGAUGAAAUUGUCUGCCAACGUUCUUCUUUAGGGGAUAUUGAAGAAGGAGGAUGUUCUCUAUAUCUGAUGAAUCUCACUACUAAUGAAGUUAAGAGUUUUGUCUUUCCCGAUUAUGUCCAUGGUAUUUACAAUUAUGUGGAAAGCCUUGUAUCAGUUGGCGACAACUGCAUUGAAGAAUCUUGAUCCGAGAUCGUAAAUUAUUACAAUGCAGAUUUACAUUGUUGGUGGAAUGGAAUCUCUAAUAUUUUAGAUCA